AUGGGGGUACACGGUUCGGCUCGAGCGUUAGAGACAAACAAUGAUCCUCGAGUCAUACCUCCGAAAAAUCAUGCAAUUUGGAAGAAUGUCGACACUCUCACAGCAUCGGACGAAGACUCGGGGUGUCGCCCCGGGAAAGUCUCCGUCAGAAUCCCGGUCGAGAUCCAAGAGGAUAUCAUGAUAAGCUGGGAGGUGGCGCCGUGCGAUGUCUCGGGAUAUCUACUCGAGCUGACGGAGGCCGACGGUCUCGGUUCGAACCUUACUUCAGGCUUAUGCAAAGAAACACAGAUACAUCUCAAGCGGGACGUGGCGAGAUUCUUCUCGCGAUUCUUUGUCUCCAUUUAUGCUGCGAACAUAACUAGAAACGGUGCCGUGAUGAAAUCCACCCCGUCUGUGCAAGAAUUCGCGGUCUGUCCGAGCAGAAAACCCGAGACACCGACUGACGUGAAUAUUGAUGUCUAUGCCGACUCGAAAGUGAAGUUCACUUGGCGUUCUACUGAAACUCUGUGGCAGAUACAAGGCUUCACCCUCCUGUAUUGCGAGGGGACCACGAACUGCAAGCGCAGAACGAUCCCUUUUUCUGCAACUGGGAUGAGCUACGAAAUGUUCCUGUGGGACAAGAAAUAUACUGUCGAGCUGUUUCCUGUUUGUGAUACCGAGGAAUGCGGUAUAGCCCGAGGAAGAGCUUAUAGGAGCGUGCUUUAUGAAGACCUUGCAUCGGCAUCGAGUAGUAUUGUGCGUAUCUCGCAGUGCGCCGUUUUCUGCGAUUGCGUUUCCAAAUACCUGCAUCGUCAACAGAGGAACGACGAGCGCCGCGAAAGUCGCCAUGAUUUAGAAGAUGUCUGCAACGCGCAGGGUGAUUGUUCGCUGGUUUUGGAGAAGCUCAUCCGACUUGAUACCAAGUACGAGUUCGGGAUAUCGGCGAGAUCCCACGACUCAGUCACCUACUACUCGGACCUAUCAGAUGGAGAGAAAUGCAUCCUUGAGACCAGAGCUCUGACCCACACCGAGGUUGCAAUACUCGACAGAACUCAGAAUUUCUCAUCGAUGAUCGAAUCAGUGGACACCGAGAGAGUCAUUGUAAUCGAUCAGAACAUCUUCAGUCUCACCGAUGGCACGGUCGUGAGCUCCAUGAUUUUCGUCGGUGACCCGGACGAGCUGCGGAAGCCUCUCGGCGAAAACGUGCCUUUCAAGAAAGCUCUCAAUGGCCGAGGGAAGCUUCUGCCGACCCGAAUUACGUCACCCGAAUGGAACGUAUACUCCGCAUGGAAUAAUGCUGAAUCUCACAUCGACGAUCCCGCUCUUCACUGUCGAUGGAUGUGGGGCGCACCGAGUAAUUAUAUCGUGUGCGCCCUGGGUGUCGAGAAGUGCAGUGAUUCUGUGGUCAAGGCAUGCAAUGGACCACUGCUCCCACACACAGAAUACGGUCUGAAAAUGAGAGGAUGUACGACUUUGGGUUGCACGGACACCGAUAUGUUCCGCUUCAAGACCGGAAUCGGCGUGCUGCCAGAUGAUCCAUCAGGCACGGAUCCCAGACUCGGGAUUCUUUUGGCCUUCAUCGGCUGCAUUAUAGGUGGCGGCCUGAUUAUCGUCUUGCUCUCCUUGAUAAUUUUGAGAUGGACAGAAAUGAGAGAAAUGCAUCGUGAGCAACGUUUCCGGCUCGUCGAAUUCUGACUGGUAAAGCUCCGCAGAGCAUCUAGAGACGCCUCGGGAGGAAAUGUGAAAGCAUAUACAAGUAGCGUGGAAGCGAAGCUACAGCGAGCGACCAGAGA